AUGCCAACCCGACGCCGCCCCCCAUCCACCACCAGCACCACCACCCCCAAACCCUCCACCAGCACCAGCACCACCACCACCCCGCGCCCCUCCAAACUCGCCAAAGAACACGCCCUCACCGCAGCCGAAGAAGCCGAGCUCCACGAAGCCUUCUCCCUCUUCGCCGAACCCAUGGACGGCGAAGAGCCUUACGGGGUCAUGCCCAUCAGCGACGUACGACGCGCGCUGAUCGCACUCGGCCUCCCGCCCUCGUCCCCCGCGCAGCUGGCCGAGUUCGCGUCGGUGCUGGACCCGGACGAGGAAGGGUUCGCGACGUACGAGGCGUUUGUGGGCGUCUGCGCGCUGCAGUUGCAUGCGAGGAGGGAUGCGGCGGAGGCGGAGGCGGCUGGUGAUGAGGGGGGGGCGCAUGCGGGGGAGUUGGAGGAGGCGGGUUUGGCGGUGACGAUGUUGGUGACGGCGGUGGUGAUGAUUGGGAUGGGAUAUCAGGGAAGCGAGUGA